CACGCAGGCAACUUACCUGAUGAUUAAGUACUUCAAUGGUUGGUGUGCGAUAUAGUGAAGAUCCCACUUUUUGCCACCCAAUAUGGGUAUGUGUGAAGCCUCGAUGAUAGAACCGUCACGCAGUUUAAUGAUUUCUGUGAUAGGACUCGGCCAAUGCUCGGUUGUCACCGUGCGCCAUGCCGUAUCUUUCGGCUGUUCCAGCCAGCAUAAUCCUCAUGGCCGCAAUUCAUCAUAUUGGUGGCCGUUGUUUCAGUCUUUGGCGUCCAAAUUGGACACAUCCAUUCAUUGUAGAGCAAAUUGAAGAUAAUCAUGGGCUCCAAGCACAAAACGGUCCACGAGAUUUGGGCUGGACAAUCUCCCUUUUCAUCCUCUCAGUUGCCGGCUUUAUAGUGGAACUCAUUCAAUUGGUUCCUCCUGGGUUGGAAUCUUCAUCUGCCGUUAUCCUAGCCUCAUGGGGAAUUGCCGCCGUUCUAGUUGCUAUUAAACGCCCGAGCUCAUGCCUGACUUCCUUGCUUGCAUACUAUUUAUCAGUGCUGAUAGUGGAGUUGUCAUUUGUGCUUUUCCUUUAUUCCCCGACGCCGUUCAAGCUUGCUGCUCGUUAUGGCAGCAUCGGUAUUGCUGCGGCUGCUUGCCUGAUCAUUCUCUUGAUGCCUCUUCGGGAACCCUCACUUGCAUGCGUCAAAAUCAGCCCUGUGGGCCAACUUCCGUCAAGCGAUUUCCGGAGUCCUGAAGAUAACUUGCGACUCUGGCAAUUUCUGACAGUCUCAUGGAUGGCACCACUGAUUUCUACGGGGCGGAAAAGACAGCUAAAUGAAGAGGACGUUUGGACACUUGGUUUCGAGUUCCAACAUCGGAGGCUGCACCAGAAGUUCCGUCAACUCAGAGGAUCCGUCCUUGCACGCGUAUUUCGCGCCAAUGGCUUAGAUGUUUUCCUUAUCUGCGCCGUCGCCAUCAUGCAGAUGUUCUGCGACUUCUCGACACCGGUGCUACUGCAGCAGCUUCUGUUGGUUAUGAGAGAUCCCAGCUUACCAAAGCGUGUUCCUUUGACGUACGCCUUGCUGUCACUGGCACUUCGUUUAGUUUCAGCACAAUCGCAGGUGUUUAGUCUAUGGUAUGGAAGACGGUGCUACGAAAGAAGUAGAGGCGAGAUGAUCAUGAUGGUAUAUGAGAAGGCUUUAUCCAGAAAGAACAUACUGGGGCCUCGGAUAGAAGAUAAGCCAGAAGAGUCAGAUGAGGAGACAGAUCGGCUCAUUGAUCAGGACGUUGAACACGCAAGUCAAAAACCUAGCACUAAGGCUAGACGUAUAUGUGGGAUCGUUCCAUGGAAACGCAAAGUCCAUAAGGAAGACGUCAAAGAGGCCGCAUCUAUGGGCAAGAUAUUCAACCUUCUUCGCGGAGACGUCUACGAAGUUGCUCAAAGAUUCUGGGAGGUAGACUCCUUGAUCGAUAAGCCCGCAGGUCUUGUGAUUGCCGUUGUUCUAGUGUGGGAGCUGUUCGGACCAUCCUGCUUAUUGGGUGUGUUGGCAGUUCUGGUGGCACAAGCGGUAAAUGCGGUAAUCACUCGUACUCUUCUUCGAUGGGAAAGAGUCAGGAGGACAGCAACAGAUGCCAGACUGCAAAUUACUUCGCAGUUUGUGGAAGCGAUCCGUCAUCUGCGCUGGUACGGAUGGCAGAAUCACUGGCUCCUCCAAGUUAUGGAGGCCAGAAACCACGAGCUUAACCUCCGAAUCGUCACUAGCCUAUGGAAUAUUCUGAUCCGUUUCAUCAAUACAUUCGCUAGCGGCGUCUUUCCGGUGGUUGCUCUAUAUGCAUACGCUUACCUGACUGGCCAUGCUCUCCGUAUUGACAUUAUUUUCCCUGCGCUGCAGCUGUUUACCAUGCUGGAAACGCGACUCCGCGAUAUUCCUGGUUUGAUCACGGCCCUUAUCAAUGCCUCGGUCGCCCUUGGAAGGAUAGAGGAUUUCAUGUCUGAACCGGAUAAAGAAAAGACAUGCAGCGACUCGAGCAUUUCUUCUCUUCAGUUGGAAUCCUGUUCUUUCGCUUGGCCCGGGCAAAGAUCGCCAGUACUUUCAGAUCUGACAUUGACGAUUGCAGACGGUUUGACGGUCGUUCACGGCAAAGUUGGAGCUGGAAAGACAGCUCUUCUCCAGGCCCUGCUAGGCGAACUGGACAAGCUGAGUGGUAUAUCUCGAAUACCAGAUGAGAUGGUGGGAUACUGCGCACAGUCACCGUGGCUUCAAAGCAUGAGCAUCCGCGACAACAUUCUUUUCUCUUCUCCCUACGAUGAACAGCGGUACAAACAGGUUUUGGACGCCUGUGCUCUGCUCCCAGACCUUUCAAAUUUCAAGCACGGUGAUCUCUCAUUCAUAGGUGAGAACGGGAUUGGUCUUUCGGGAGGGCAGAAAGCACGCGUAGCUCUUGCCAGAGCAGUAUAUAGCACUGCAAGGGUCCUGCUCUUAGAUGACCCGUUGUCUGCUUUGGAUUUCAAUACCGCAGAGGAUGUUGUCCGCAAGUGCUUCUCAGGCCCCUUGAUGAAAGGCCGCAUAGUGGUCCUAGUUACCCAUCGCACAAUGCUAGUUGAGCAUAUUGCAGACCAGUUCGUCGAAAUAGUGGAUGGACGAGUGACUGUUGAUAACAAACCCCGCAGGUCCUUUACUAGGACCGACCAGGCACCACAGCCAAGUCUAGAUGACGUCGUGCCUGGAGACCAAGAAGAUGUUGACGAAGACAUCACUGCAGCCGUGCCAGACAAGUUCAUCGAAGAAGAGCACAGAGCACAAUGGGGCGUACAGGCUAAAGUCUACUGGAAUUACAUCAAAGCCGGAAAACUCAAAUGGUGGGCCGCACUUAUCACAAUACUGGCAAUAUACCGUCUUGCAUCGGUUGGGCAGUCUUGGUUCCUCAAAGAGUGGGGAGAAGCCUAUAAUCUUGUACGUCUGGUAUUCAGCUAUCUCACUUCGAGGACAGCCAUCUCCGAACAAGUGAUGCAGGUAACUCCACCUGGGCCGCCUGGCUUCAACGCAGAUGCAAGACCCGUGAAUCCCAUUGACAUGCUACCACCGCCAAUGGACGAUGUCAAGCCAUGGUUGCUUACAUUCUUUAUCAUUACGACCUUUCAAUCGGUCACUCUCCUUGUAGCGCAAUUAUUGAUGCUUGUGAUCAUCUACUGCGCCGCCAAAACAUUGUUCCAGCAAGUUAUGGCUCGUGUCAGUCAUGCUACGUUCAGAUUUUUCGAUGUCACUCCAGUUGGUCGCCUGAUGAACCGCUUAACAUCAGAUAUUGGAGUUGUUGAUGGAAACAUUAGUGAGCAAUUCCAAGUGAUCGCGUUCGAAGCAAUCACUUGGCUUUCUUCAAUCCUGGUAAUAGCUUCGGUAACACCGACCUUCCUGAUAUUUUCCUUUCUGCUCACAGCAGGGUUCAUUAUGAUUUUUCUAAACUUUCUACCCGCAUCACAGAGCCUGCGGCGGUUGGAAAUGGUCUCACUGAGCCCGCUGAUCUCUAACUUUGGAGAACUUCUACAUGGACUGACAACUGUGCGCGCAUUCCGUGCCCAGAUACGUUUCCAGGAUCGUGUCAUCGAGGUUGUUGAUAGGUUCCAAGGGAUGGAUCAUUUCUACUGGUCGUUGCAGAGCUGGCUCAUGUAUCGCUUUGAGAGUCUCUCUGCCUUAUCGACAUUUUGUCUCACAGUCCUCGCCCUCUAUAUGGAGAUUUCCCCCGGCCUUGCUGCGUUCGUCCUUAUUGCUGCUAACAGUUUUGUUGCGUCAACGCAUGCUUUGUGUAAACAAUACGGCCAACUGCAGAUGGAUUUUGUAUCCGUCGAAAGGAUUGACGAGCUUCGACAUAUUGAACAAGAACCACCAGGGACAAUCGAGCCACCCGCUUCGUGGCCAACGUAUGGCUCAGCCGUUGUAUUUGAAGAUGUCACCAUCAGAUAUGCACCGCAUCUCGAUCCGUCUCUGACCAAUGUCUCUGUUCGGAUCCCAGGAGGCUCUACAGCAGCGGUACUAGGUCGGACCGGUAGCGGAAAAUCCACAUUUGCCUUAUCACUCCUUGCUGCUAUUCGUCCAGAGUCCGGCCGGAUAUUGAUUGACAACAUUGACAUCGCAAAGGUCAGCAAACAAGGACUUCGAACUCGGGUUACGUUCGUCGCUCAGGACCCCAUCCUAUUCCCCGGGAGCAUUCGCCUCAAUCUCGAUCCAACGAAUGAAUACUCUGACGGGGAGUGCGCCGACGUUCUGAAGCGUAUGUGCAGCAGACACGGCUGGACCCUUGAAUCGCACAUCGAGGCCGGUGGCCGCAACUUGAGCCAAGGGCAACGGCAACUCAUCGGACUUACGCGUGCAGUGCUUCGCCGCAGUCCGAUAGUCAUCCUCGAUGAGGCAACAGCGUCAAUUGACCACGAGACAUCUCUAGAAAUACAAAAUAUAAUCAGAGACGAAAUGCGGCAAUCGACAGUCAUUACUAUCGCGCAUCGGUUGGAGGCAAUCAAAGAUGCAGAUUACUAUGUUGUCUUGGACCAAGGGACGGUGUCUAAAGAAGGACUGGUGAACGAGGCGGCUGCACCAUGAGCACACCGACUAAGAUGAUGAGGAGAAAAAAAAGUUUGCACUCACGGAUUACGAUAAACAAUAGAUCAAUUAUGUUCAGCGACUCAUGGUAUACAGUCUUCUCUCCUCGCCUGUGAUGUACGCUACAGAUAGGCCAGUGCUUAGCAAGUAUGGAGAUAAAUCAGUCUCAU